GAAGUUUGAAACCAAAGACAGCAUCUUGGUUGAGUAUUGCUGAAUUUGCUAUAUUAGAAGAGGCCAUACUAAGAACCUAUAAAAUUAAAGCUAGAGAAUAUUAUAAUGAUAAAAGUAGAAAAAGGUCUCAAA